AUGCAGAAGGCAAUGAAAAGCGCAGAAUAUAUAAAAGCUAAUAAUGACUGGUUAGAUGCCCAAGCCAACGCUAAAGCAGCCCAACUUAUAGGGUCAAUAAGGACAAAAAUACAAGCGGAUGAAGACAGUUCAAAUGAAGCUUUAAUGAAUGCUGACUUUAAGAAUGCCUUCGAAGCUCUUCAUAGUAAGGUGAAACUAGUGAACGACUUCUCAUCUGGAAAGAAACUGAAGUCUGAAGGUUUCGACAAAGAGUUAAGAGAAGUAGCACAAAAUAUGACGAAAAUAACAGAUGCAGCAACGAGACAGGCAGUUCAAAGUGCCUAUGACGCCGUUAGAGCAACUGUUGUGGAAAGUCAAGAAAAAGAGUUACAACAGACCAAAACAGACCUAGUAAAUGCUUUCUUAAAAACGAAAAGUCAGGUAGGACAUUAUGCUGCAGAUGGAACAUAUGUGCCAGCUGGUGGAACUUAUAUACCACCAAACCCUCCAAGAGAAGCACCUGCACCAGGACUACCUAAAACAUUUACAUCGUCACAUGGACACAGACACAGGCAUGCACCACAACAACAACCAACACAACAACCAACAGUUCAAAAUCCAGCACAGCAACCAACAGUUCAAAACUCUGCACAGCAACCAACAGUUCAAAAUCCAGCACAACAACCACCUCCACAACCAGCACAACAACCAACAGUUCAAAACCCUGCACAGCAACCACAAACAGAGCAAGGACAUAAAAGAAGUAGAGAAAAAGGAAACCAAGAAUUCUUAAAAAUGCUUAAGGAAGAUUAUGGUUACCCAGAUACUCUUGACUUUAGUGACAGAUAUAAAGAAGCUAUUAGAAAGUUCAAGGAAGGAAAUACUGACCCGAACCUAUUUAGCUUUAUGGCUCAGCAUCAAAUCGGAUAUAAUCUCAAACCUGGAAAAUACAAGCUCGCUAAGGGAUAUGAUUUAAUAGCAUAUCAUCCAAAUGACAUGGAUGAAUUUACUCCGAGAUAUUUGAUGUCAGGGCUAAAUGAUAAUUCAACUCUCUUCAUGAAACGCGUAAAAAUAGAGACGGAACGAAAGAAGAAAGGUUUAUGA